UAAAUGAUUGCUAAUGUUUGAAUUCAGAGCGUGAAAAAAAGGCUGUUUGAUUAUUUGCCAUUACAUGGUGAACUAAAUUGGGACCUUUAAACAUUUGUGGUUGGCAUGCUCUUAACUGAGUAUCGGCAGCUAUUCACAUGGGAAGCAUUGCAGGGAGGAGGAUGAAUUAUAGAUAAGAAGUGGAUCACCGGGAUGAGACAUAAAGUAUAAACAGAGAAUCAUCAGCUAUUUAUAGUCCACAUUUCCAAUCCAUUAAGUCUUCAUCAUUAUCACUCUUUACAAUCCUCACAAUAACAAUAGAUCAUCUCAGUAACCAGCACGUCGGAUGGCGUGGCGUUGUUCCGUAUUUGGCUUCGGCUGCACGUCUAGGUAUUUAGUUUCUAUGAGGCUGCGACUGAUUUCAUUCGGAUGAUUGCUGCUCAUCUUAUGACACCACCGCAUUUAUGGUACGACAGGAAUAAUGCCAUCAACCUUGCCGUGUCUUGUGACGACUAAAUCAAUGGCACCAGGACAAAUUUCGAAAUCUGAUGACUAUUACCUUACCAUGCGAAGGUAAGAAUGGAAUCAUUGGUAAAAAAUGUUAUGCUUACAAAUUCCUCUACACCAAACAUGUCCCUUUAAGGCCUUAUAGGGUAAAAUUUAUGUGAUGAUUGGGGGGUGUGGUCAAUUGAGAGAAAAUAAUUAAAUAAAUUUAACAAGAAAUGUACACGGAUGGCUUUGUUGUGGAAAUUUGAUUCCAUCAACUCGCUCGGGGCAGGAUUUAGUCUCUAUGCGUAUUACAAAUCCAACGCACAAGCACGACUCAGAAUCGUUUGCUGAGUGACUGAGGGAGAACAAGGCUCAUUUGAGGACACGUUUUUUGUAAACAAUUAAAAUAAAUUGAAAUCAAUUGACGAAAUUUGUGACAAUGGAAGACGAGGAUCACGUAAUGGUGGGAGAAGACUUGGAAGAGGGUGAAGAACCUGACCAAUACUGGGAGAGGACAGAGGGGUGGUGGGGGACAGAAAAUGUCCAGGACGAGUCGGUCCGCUCAAAUCCCACCACCCCUCCCGUGAGAGAAGUUGACGUUAAAGACGAGGAGGGAGGUCAUCAAUUGACUUGGGAGGAAUGUGAGGACGACGAGACUCCUACUCGAUAUUGGGCCAGGAUGGACGAUUGGUGUGGACUCGUGCAGCCGUCUGUUCCUUUGCCUCCCUCGAGCCCUUCACCGGAGGAGGAGGAUGUCGACAAGAAGGAGGGACUUAUGAGGGAAGAAGGACACAAACGUCCACUUCCAUUCUGGGAGACCAUGGAUUGGUCUGGGAUUGGACCGAAUGUUGGUGGAGAAUCGUCGCCUCCCUCGAGCCCUCUAGCAGCACCAGAGGAGGAGGAUGUAAAGGGGGCCGUGAUGUCGGGUCAAAUUGCAGCGAUUGUCACUUCUGCGGCGUCAUCUACAUCCAUGCGAGUCAGAAAAGGAUUCAAGGGGCGCUCAGAUUCCCAUGCCCGACAGACGGCCCUGCAGGGGACAACAACAUCAACGGCAGUGGCGGGGCCGAGUACAUCGGCCGGUGGAUCUCAACAGCUGAUCUAUUCCCAUGACCCGGCCUUGAACCAGAUUCGCCACAAGUUUCUGGCAUGGUUAGCGAACUUGAAGAAACCGGAUGAUAAGGAGUUGGACGAGUGGAUGAUCAGGGCGCAAGAUGUGCGGCCAGGGUACGCAUGGGACAAGAAUAAGAAGACCAAAAAGUGGGAGUAUUUCAUCCCUACCCCUAUCCCUUCAAGGCCUCAGAAGAGGAUGUCGCUGUACAGCAGAUACAAAUUAAGUUGGAUUGAGAUGAACUCCUCUGGAAGGAAACAUUUCGACCAGAAAAGGGCGAACACGGACACUUAUCGUGAACAGCGAUGCGAUAUGAUGGCGAAACUUCUUUCGACCAUGCCUCGCCUUCCGACCAUGUACCUCCUUGAAGUCCGUGAACUCGACCCUUCCAUCAUCAAGGCCUACAAGGAUGGGGACAUGACUUGGGAAGAGUUGACCCGAGUUCCGGCCAUAAGAAUUUGGAGGUAUCCGGGCGUUCACGAAUCCGUCAAAGGGUUAUUUGGACCACGCCCAAACCAUUUCCAGUUCGAUCCUGCACAGGCACAAUCAAAAGUGCACGACCUCAUGCGAGCCCUGGGACUCGACAACUGCAUCUGUAUGGAGGCGUUCUCUGUCCUCUGCAAGGACCUAUUUUCCGCACAACAGGGGGAAAGUUAUGCCAUGAAAUAUGGGGACGAGUAUAACCUCAUGAAGGAGGAGGGACUAAUCGACAACAACAUCGAGUACCUCAUUACCCGUCCCGACAUGGCCCUGGACUCGGACUUGGUCCCCCUUGCCAUUCAGGAUGCAAGGGAUGGGAAAGAACUCUUCAACCUUGUCCCGGAUUCGGCCCUGCAGCAUCCACCCCACCACGCCACGAAAACGGAGAUCAUCACUCUCCCUUUCAAGAUCAAGGAGUCCUCCUUGAAGGAUCGUUGGAUCUCAGGGACCAGAGGGGACAAGGACAACAUUUGGGUAUAUAUUCGUGACCCUGUUUCAGAGCUUGUCCGUGUUACACCAUAGAAUGACCAUUUUUUUAUAAUUUUUUUUAUUUGACCAUUUUUUUCGACUUUUGAUAAAAUACCGAGAAUUUCUUCAAAAAUACUCAUUAUCUUCUCACCAUCUUGAUUUUCGAUAAUUUUGCCUAAGCAUUAAUGACACUGCUAGAUUUGCCAAACAACUAAAAUAACAGUAAUUUGAGACUUGUGAGCAACUAUAUGUACAUGCAAAGUAUACCAAAGUCGUUGGUUUUCAAACAUAACACAAUAAUGAAGGAAUCGCACCUACAGAAAUAUAUUUUAAAGACAUUCUGAAUAACUCCUUUAUGUCCAAAAUGAUUGAAUAACUAUUUAGAUUAUUUUGGCACCACAUCAAAUUCUCAGAUUGAAAACAAUAAUUGAUGGGUCAAGGUAAAACCAUGAACGGAUGCAAAAACGAGAGUUGACAAUAGUUUUUACUCAAUAAAUUUCCGCGAAUGUAUAAACUUACUGCGUCCGGAGUGUGAAAGCAGCCGAAGUGAUUGAAGACG